GUACUAGACAUUCUUAAUAAUGUAGCUUUGAGACAUUAUAUCAGAACGACGUAUUUAAAUGUACAAUAUAAAAUCUGUAUGUGUGUUAAUUUGUCUGUGGCAAAGUAAUUAAUAUAAUCUUUAAAGUAAUUUAAAAGACUUAUUUGAAAGAACGUAACGUUAGUCCGGAACCUUUCUCCACCGGUCGGUGUUUGGUCCGGAAUAUAACGCACAAGCAUACAACUAUCAUCAUGGCCACUCUUACUAAAGUUUUAAAACCGAUCUUGGGAAGUCAGUUGGGAAAUACAGCAAAGGUCUUUGGCGCAGCAGUCAACAGUCAAAGAGGAAAACCUACAUACACAGGACGAACCAUACCUCCUCCUGCCAAGUAUGGAGGCCGGCAUACUGUAGCGUUGAUUCCUGGAGAUGGGAUUGGACCAGAACUGCUUAACCAUGUGCGGGAGCUCUUCAGGUUCUGCUGUGUUCCUGUGGACUUUGAGGUGGUGCAUGUAAAUUCUGCAUCAACCAGUGAGGACGACAUCAAUAAUGCCAUUAUGGCCAUUCGCCGCAAUGGAGUUGCUCUUAAGGGUAACAUUGAGACUAACCACACAAUGCCCCCUAACCACAAGUCACGGAACAAUCUUCUACGCACGAGUCUGGAUCUGUAUGCCAAUAUGAUGCACUGCCAGUCACUGCCUGGAGUUCACACGCGCCACAAAAACAUAGACAUCAUCAUCAUAAGAGAAAAUACAGAGGGCGAGUACAGCAGUCUGGAGCAUGAGAGUGUAUCAGGAGUUGUGGAGUCUCUAAAAAUUAUCACACGGAACAACUCCCUCCGCAUUGCUGACUAUGCCUUCAGACUGGCCCGAGAUAAAGAUAACCUCACUGUCACCGCACUCCACUAUCAUAACAUUCUGAAACUGGGGGAUGGGCUGUUCUUGCAGUGUUGUAAGGAGGUGGCAUCUGGAUACCCAGACAUUGAGUUUGAUAGUAUGAUUGUAGACAACACCACCAUGCAGCUCGUUUCCAAGCCCCACCAGUUUGAUGUCAUGUUGAUGCCUAACCUCUAUGGGAAUGUGGUCAGCAAUGUGUGUGCGGGGCUGGUGGGUGGACCCGGUCUGGUGCCUGGUGCCAACUACGGCCGAGACUACGCUGUGUUUGAAACGGCCACCAGGAAUACAGGAAAGAGUAUUGCCAACAGGAACAUUGCCAACCCCACUGCCAUGCUGCUUGCCAGCUGCCUCAUGUUAGAUCAUCUCAAACUUCAUGACUAUGCCAACAUGAUCCGCGGUGCGAUUCUCACCACCAUGAACGAGACCAGGUUGCACACAGUUGACAUUGGGGGUCAGGGCACUACCUCAGAAGUGGUUCAGUCGAUCAUGAGGAUCAUCCAGAGCAGCGGUCCCCUCACCACUGAGAUCUAAAUGGAGUCGGCACCGCUCCACCACUGUUUGACAUCAGCUUUUUAAGGACAUCUGCACUUCAUUUUAUGUCUCAAUAACGUGGCUUUCUCUUGAGACAAGAGAUUUAUUCUUGAAUCCAGCAGCUUUUAUGAGGAUCAGGGGGGAAGAUGGUGUUACAUGAAAUACAACAUACUUCAGCGCUGUGAUUGUGGUGUAUCUUGGGCAUAGUGGUCUUUCCAUGGGAACUGCAGAGUUUUUAGAUUUAUCAUAUUGUAUCUGAAAGGUUAUUUAGUUUUAAUGCUAUGCUAAUACAGUAUUUAUGAUGAGGGUCUUGCGUUGGAUCUGUGUUUCUGCUGCUCAGUUGCAUUCCAAAUUUUAUCCAUUCUUACCAUGUUAUCCUUUUAUACCUUUUUAGAUUACUUUAAUGACUUUGAACAAACCUCCAACUGUCCAUUUACAUAAUUAUAUUAUACUUGUAUAAACUACAGCAUUUUACUUUUUUUACUGCCUUAAACAGUUGGGUGUUUAAAUAGACUUCAUAUUCUGGAUGUCCAUGAGAUGGUAUUUUUUCUUUGGACUUUAUGCUGGGGUUUUAUUUAUGAUUAAUACUUAAUGUUUGUCUAAUGUUACAUCAGUUAGUUUGGACCUUUAUGUUCCUGUUCUGUCUUUUUAUAUGCAGUGCUUAACAAUAUUUAAUAAGUCUGCAUCUGGCAUACUGUCAUCUUUUGAAUUAAACAUCAAUCAAACAACAUUUUCCAUCAUGUGAUGCAGUUUUCAGAUUAGUAUAAUUAGAAUACUGCAAAGCAGUGGUUCUCAACCUUUUGGAUCCAAGGCUCCCAUUGUCCACAACAAUAUUCACUUUUAUUACAUUUUUAAUUUUCUGAUAAAAUAUAUCAAAGCUUGGCAUAAAAAAUAAAAUGUAUAAACAAUAUAUGAAUAUAAUUGUUUGAUUUGAACAAUUUACGUGACUUUUCCAAGUCGAUAAAUCACACUUUUAAAAUAAAGUUUAAAUUGAAAUAAUUUUUAACCAUUUUAAUUCGUUCACUGGUUGAGAAUCACCUCUGUAAAGGGUUAAAAUGUGUUGCACAAACCCUUAAUGGGUCACUGGUAAUCCACAGACAUAAUAAUAAUAAUAAUAUGUUUGUCCUCUUUAA